AGUAGCUAGAUUGAAUCAUCAGAUUGUGAAGAAACACCCGGAUUAAAAACUGGAAGGUUGAGUUAAGCCGAGCGCGUAACAACAUGUGCGCGACUGCGCAAUGGAGAGCUGCCUUUUCCAACAGGUGUCUGAGAAAUGUUCUUCUCUCACAGCAUUUUCACGCAAUUUCAACCCGUGCGUCGGAUCAAUAAUGGAAAUACUUCGGUUUUUCUCAACAUGUCGUAGAUCUUAAAAUAAGACGAAAACACCAUCAACUGGAGUAAAACUAUUGUGCGCUCCAUUGAGGAUUUACGCAUGGAGAAACAUUCACUUUUUAUGGAUCUAGUCCAUAAACUUUCUGUUUCUUUUUUGGUAUUUCAAAUGAAUUAAUCGAUAUAGUGAUUCUGAACAAAGACUGUUUUCGUUUUUCUGCGCUGGAUCUCCACCACACCUGCUCUUCAUAUAUGGGAGUAUCCUGUUCUCCAAAAUCUCCCUACUGACAUCUGUGAUCGACUGGAGUGAUUGGGAAGACGACUAGCUCUUGAGAUGGACACAGUUUUCAUAUAUUAAUAAUGACCAGCGCAUUGAGAUCGCCAAACUGAUAACUUGGGCUCAGCUGAAAGUCUGAACUGGUGGACGAUGAAGACAGUUUCAUAUAUUCUUGCUGCGUUGAUCAUCUGGAACUCAGCAGCCUGUGUAAGUGGAGAACGAGAAAAUUUUCUAGAGCCCUCGGAGUCCCCCUGGACUCUGCAGUGUUUGGCAGAGGAGGAAACGCGGUUACCCUGUCGAUUCAAUGCAUCGAACAGUGAGAUUAAGGUGGUGCAGGUGAUGUGGAUUCGACAAGACUCAAAUGGAGGUGAAGAACAGGUUAUCACUGCUCAUUUCAGUGAAGGCCAGACAGAAAGCCCUGCAUACAGAGGGCGUGCUCGAUUCGCAACCAGCGACCCAAUAGCAGACUCUGCUCUGAUUCUCAUAGGCACACGUUCUGCAGAUGAGGGCAAAUACAUCUGCAAAAUCGCCACCUUCCCCGCUGGAAACUUUCAGACAGAGAUUUUGGUCACAGUGUGGACUAAACCCAUUACGUCCCUGCAGCCGUUCGUCCUGGUUGAGGGUGAGUCGUUCCGUCCAGCCGCUAUCUGCCGUUCGGUGGCUAAGCCGAUGGCAGGCCUCUCCUGGGACACGGAGCUCGCGGGUCAGAGUCAGAACCGUAGCUUAGAUAGUGAAGUGGCCUCCAUCCAGUUUUCCCUCCACCCUUUCCGUAACAUGAAUGGGCAGAAGCUGGACUGUCUGGUCUGGCAUCCAUCGCAAAAAGGCCCAGUGAGGAUCUCCAAUAACCUUGUAGUACACUACCCUCCGAAUGCACUGAUAUCUGGCUAUGAGGACAACUGGUAUGCCGAAAAGCAAGAAGCCACACUGCAGUGCAGCGGUCAAGGAAAUCCAGAGCCUCAGAGAUUCAGCUGGAUGAGAAAAAAUGAAGCUCUACCUGAGGGUGUGACUGUGGAAGGAGGCACGCUGCGCUUUUCCAGGCCCCUGAGCUUGACAGAUCGAGGAGUUUAUAUCUGUACCGCCACCAAUGAGGUGGGAUCUGGAAAAGCUGAGAUUCUAAUAAAUAUAUCAGAGUUGUCUCCGAAAAACGCAUCAGUGAACUACGUGAUGAUGAUUAUUAUCGCUGGUGUUGCUGCAGUGAUUGUUCUCACUCUUAUCAUAGUGAUCAUUUCAGUGAAGCGCUACUAUAAGCGCAAAAAUCAACAACUGGCUAUAGAGCUGGUUGCAAAAAAGGAGGAAAUCAGCACUCUAUCAAGACAAGCCUCAAUUAGGAGAGUCAACUCCGGAAGCACAGGCAACAGAUACUCAGACGAUAAUAAUCCUUUGAGAGUUGAAGGGACGAUACGCACAAGUCUCUCUUCACUGGAUCGUCCUCGCUCCAGGGACAGUCGGUCCACGCUGGGAGGGGUGGACUCACUCGGUCGUCCUGCAAUUUAUAACACGUCCAGAAGAGGUCGAGACAAACUCAUGGACAGAACUGAGAAAGAAACUCGGCUGAUGAUGGAGUCUUAUGAGCAGGACAGUAACUUGUCACAGGAAACCCAACUUCUCCCUCCUCUCCACCCCUCUUCUUAUUCAAUGGAGCAGGCUGUUGAAAUUGUGCGGUCUCGGAACGGCAGCGCCAUUCUCCCAGCGGAGGGGAGGCCGCAGUCAGGAGGAAGUACCAGAGGGGGCAGCAGAGGGCAUAAUUCGCCAAUAGUAUCCAUGUACCCGACUCUUACAGAUGAGGAAGAGGAAGAUUCUGUUAGUCCUACAGAUUCAGGAGUCCACAGAGGUUUAAUGGAGCCUGAUGGAUUUGAGAACGGUGGCAGCGAUAUAUCUGAGGCGCUAUCCAGUCAUUUUGAGCGCACUAAUGGCACACUGCGGCCCAAGUCGAAACCCAAUAACAUCCUGCUCCCGGCCAAGACAACACUUUUCCUGCCGCAUAGCCCAACUAUCCACAAAGCUCAGAUCGUUUAGAGCAUUUAUAUGGAAACGUACAUAUAAAC